GCGCGCUUCCCGGCCCACCGCGCCGUGCUGGCCGCGUGCAGCGUCUACUUCCAUCUCUUCUACAGGGACCGGCCAGCGGGCAGCCGCGACACGGUGCGGCUCAACGGCGACAUCGUCACGGCGCCCGCCUUCGGCCGCCUGCUGGACUUCAUGUACGAGGGCCGCCUGGACCUGCGCAGCCUGCCCGUCGAGGACGUCCUGGCCGCCGCCAGCUACCUGCACAUGUACGACAUCGUCACGGUCUGCAAGGGCAGGCUCAGGGGGAAGGACCGCGCGCUGCAUCCCGAGACCCCCGCCCCCGGGCCAGAGCCGUCAGACAAGCCCCACUGCCCCCUGCCCGCCUGGACCCCUGAGCUCUGCCCAGCUGCCCGGAAGGCCAGGCUCCCCCAAGCCGGGGUCAAGGCCACUCUCCGUCCACGGGCACUGGGGCCUCCUCCCUGGCAGGCUCCGGGAGAAUCGGACCGGGCUCUGGACCUGUCGCUGAAGCCUAGCCGGAGGCAGGAGCCAGUCCUCCCACCCUACGACCUCGCGGCAGCUCCCUGCAGCCACAUCCAGCAGGGGACUCAGCCACUGGUGAAGGACGAGCGCGACUCGCUGUCGGAGCAGGAGGACGGCGUUGGCCCUCUGAGCCCGCACGGCCCCCGGCAGCCACCCCGUGUACCCGCAGCCAAGCGCCUGACGGGGGGCUUGGAGCCGCGGCCAGUCAGCGGGGCGGGCAGCCGGGAGCUGGAGCUGGAUGCAGAGCGGGGGACGAGCGAGGACGAGCUGGGGCCCGGCGGGCACCUCUGCAUGUGCCCUCUGUGCAGCAAGCUGUUCCCCAGUGCCCACGUGCUGCAGCUGCACCUCAGCGCCCACUUCCGGGAGCGGGACGGCGCCCGGCCCCGGCUGUCGCCCGACGUCGCGGCGCCCACCUGCCCGCUGUGCCGGAAGACCUUCUCGUGCGCGUACACGCUGAAGCGGCACGAGCGCACGCACUCGGGCGAGAAGCCGUUCACGUGCGCGCAGUGCGGCAAGAGCUUCCAGUACUCGCACAACCUGAGCCGCCACGCCGUGGUGCACACGCGCGAGAAGCCGCACGCCUGCCGCUGGUGCGGGCGGCGCUUCACGCAGUCCGGGGACCUCUACCGCCACGUCCGCAAGUUCCACUGCGGCGUGGUCAAGUCCCUGCUGCUGUGACGCGGCACUAGGAUGGAGCGUGGGGGACCCGGCUGUCCGCGCGGAAGCCCCUGAGGCCAGGCCUCUCUCUCAGUGACUCCCCGGCCUCCUCCAGGCCUCGACCGCCUCUGACGCUCCCCAGCUCGCUCCGGCCUGGCUGUGCGGACUGUGACACUGUCUUCCUCUCCGGCCGGUUCAUGGGUAUCUCUAGGGCCCCCCAGGGUGGCCCAGGUACCUGGAUGUGGGGCGGCCGGUGUGUCCUCCCUUCCAGGAGCUUCCUUGGCCACCUCACAGGCAUGCUGGGGGGGACCCUUGCGACCCUGGCCCCAUACUCCGUGAACGAUGCACGCAUCACGGAAGCUGUUGGUGUGAGUCCCUGAUGAGGUGGUUUCCCUGGUGGUGGCAGCAGGAUCCCCUGCAGGGGAGGCCCCAGGCACAGCACGGGCCCUCGCCUCACAGCCAGUGUCACAGAGGGUACCGGCCCCAGGUGGCAGAAGCAGAACCAGCCAGCAGCUGGGCGGUUGUGGAGUUACCGGCGCUGUGGUGUGAGGCGGUCGUCCGCUUGUGACUCGGGAAAGAGAAGGGGACCUUUGGGAAUGACUCUCCUUGGGUGCAGACCCCUCCCAGGGUGCCAGGCGUCUGCCCGUGGGUAGCGAGCCAUGCUGCUUCCCUGCCUGAGCGCAGGGUCCGGUGCACCUCUGAACACCCCGAGUGGCCCCGGAGGGCCAGGCCGCUGCUGUGCCUUGGUGGGGCUGACCCUGCAGGUCACCCGUCCAUCCCUGGAACUGCUGGUCAUUUCCAGAGCACUGAGCGGGCCCACCAUCCGGGCUCCCCCACAGCGGGGCCGGGCGAAGGCAGCCAUCGCGCAGGGCGGGCGUGGGAGGGCUGCUGGCCACUGGGCUGGGGUCGUCGCCCCCCCACGCUCCCGCCUUUAUCCACGGACGCACCACAGCACAGGCGGCUGUGGCCACCCGGCCCUGCCCGCUACUCCCCAAGCUAGUCCUGCUGCAGGAACCUCGGCGGCGGUGGCGGGAGGGCCUGACCCAAGUUCUGGGGGUUCUGCAGGCGGCGGAGCUGCCUGGGCUCCUGGUUCCCCCAGACCACGCGGGCCAUUUCUGCUGUGACCGCAAGUGGCACUGAGGACAAAGUCCGGCCGAGUUUAAGUUAUUUUCCCUUCUCCUGACAACACUUGAUGUCAUAUUUAUUCACCUGCCCGGUCGGGACUGAAAGGGCUGUCCCAGCAGGUGGCAGACGGGUCUCCUUGCGGGCCCUCGGCUCUCCCGCACGUGGGCGGCCUCUCCUGACGCCCAGGGCUGGGAGGGCCUGGACCCACCUGGCCAGAGAGAGCCAGGCGAAUGGGCCCCCACCUCUGGAAGGGCCAGCACGGUGCGUCUCACGGUCGGGUCUCCCUGCGUGUGUGCCCGCCUGCGUCCGGCGAAUGGCAGGCCGAGCCGCGCUGGCCGUGGCACUGGAUUUCCCCAGGGGUUUCCACGAGGGAAGAAAUGUACUUUCCUGGGGCGGGAAGUGGGCCCUGCGUUAGCAACACUGGAUCCAUUGUCUUGUGCAAGCAGUUUCUGUGAAGUUGAGACGCGGUCUGCGUUUGGCUGCGGAACCGGCGUGGCUCAGAUCAGCGUCAUGCUAAGACGCUGAUCACCCGGGAGCCGACCGCCGAGGGGCGCAAACGUGUCUGGCGGAGCCUGCUGCGUGGCUCCUCCUGCCCCUCCCCUGCUCUGCCCCUUGGGGGUGGCAGCUCCGGGUGACCCAGGGGACAGUAGUUCACGCUGACCGUUUGGCCAGAGGUUUUGUUUGCGCAUACCGCCUGCCAAGACAGUCUGGAACCGAGUGCAGUUUCCCUGUGUUCGUGCCCUCGUCUUUGUGGUGACAGUGCUUAAUAAAGCCCGCCCCCGUGGAGGUGGCCCGAUGA